CCCGCCGUCGCCCGGCAGCCGGCCGGGGUCCCGCGGCGCCGCCGCGGGCCAGGCGGGGUCGCGCCCGCCGUCUGGCCAGGCGGGUUCGCGCCCGCCGUCCCGCGGGGCAUCUCCCAUGAGGCUUCCGGGCUCCCCCCCCCCGCGGGAGAGCGUGCCCGCCGUGCAGCGCUCGCCGUCGGGGAGCUCGCUGGGCGCGGCCCUGUACAGGAGGGGCGACCUGGUCGAGUACCACUCCUCAUCCCACAAGGAGUGGCUGCCGGCGGUGGUCAACAGCGUGAACGACGCUGGGGACAUCGUCAUCGACCUGAAGCCGAACACGUGGAUACCAAGGCAAGAGCUCUCCGGCAAGAUCCGCCGCAGGAGGAAAGCGUCGCUGCCAGGCGCCGGCGGCUACGCCAGCGGGGCGCCUCCGGCCCGGGCGCCGAGCCCCCGGCGCGACGUGGCCGCGGGCCGCCCGCGCGUGCCCCUGGCGCGGGCGCCGAGCCCGCUGCGCUGCGGCGGCAUGGCGGUGGUAGGAUCGUAGGUCAGAG